AUGCCGCUGUCAGAUCUGACGGCCCGGCUGUCAGCAGCGAUUCUAUUAAUGCUACACGGCGCUGGUAUCAGCAUGAUGGAGAGCAGUAGGAAGGGGCAUUGGUGGUGCGACUCAGGGUGCAGUGAGCACGGAUGGAGAGCAGCAAAGGGCAUUGUUGGUGCGGCUCAGGGUGCAGUGAACACGGGUGUUGUGACCUUCGGGUAUCAGCACAGUAUCUGCACAAUGUACUUUCGAAUGCGCGAUGCAGGGGUUGAAAUGUGA